GAUUUAUUGAUACUUUUUUCGGGGAAUAAUGCACAGACCCCAUCAAUACAGUGAUCAUUAUAUACCAAACCCAAAACUGGUAGUUAAAGAUAAAGACAAAGAUCAAAAUCCACCACGAGCUGAAAGUUUUAAAUGUGUGAUAUUAUAAACUAUGUGAAGUACAAAAUCUAUACCUGUUGUUUUUAAUAAUGAAUGAAUCCAUUAAGUUAUCAAAAUGUUUGAUGAGCCACUAUUUAAUGUUCUUUGUAAUAGAUAUAAAACAUAUAGAGAAUAAAUUUGAAAAACUAAUGAGAAUAUCUCAGUCACACUUGGGAAUUGUAAUAGAUGGUGAUUGUGAAAAUUGGACUUCAGUUAUAAACCAGGAAACUGAUAAAAAAUACUUUUAUGAAACUUAUCACUGGCUAGUGACAAGUACUUCUGAAAAUGUUACUGAUGAUCUAAGUUUACUAAAGUUAAAUAUCAAUUCUGAUAUGCAUUUGGUAACUUUGGACAGCUUUAACGAAACCGACGAAGCCUAUACAAUAUACGACGUUUACAACCCUGCAUCGGAACAUGGAGGAGAAUUAAAGAUGUUUAAUAUUGGAUUUUAUAAAGAAACUGUAGGUUAUGUGAUGACUAACUUCGAAAAUAAAUACUGGAGACGAAGAGAUAUGACGGGUACACAUUUUAAGUCUGCUAUAGUGGUUCCAGUGCUCAACCAAUCCUUAAAAGACUAUCUUGCAAGUGACGAGAAUAGGCAGAUAGAUUCACAACAUAGAUUUCAAGCAGUAACUGUUCAACACUGUAAACAAAUGUACAAUUUUAGUUUAAAAAUGCAAAGAACCGAUUCAUGGGGUUAUAUUCAAGAUAAUGGUAGAUUCGAUGGUUUAGUAAGUCUGUUAGAACGGAGAUUAAUAGAUUUUGGAAGUUCUCCAUUAUUAUUCAAGUUAGACAGAAUGCCCUUCGUAGAUUAUGGCUAUGGAAAUUGGAUCUUGAAAUCGUUUUUUAUAUAUCAAAAACCGAAAGUGACAGCAAGUUCCUAUGAAAUUUUUUUAAGACCACUGGAAACCAACGUUUGGCUUUUGAUUAUCUUAACUGUAUGUGUUAUUCUUAUACUAAUGAAAAUAGUUUUUUCGAGCGAAAUGAUUCUAUUACCUGAUAAGAAAGUAAGAGUUGAAGAAACAAAUUUUAGUUUCUUGGUAUUAUUUGCCAUGGGAGCGUUUUGUCAACAAGGAGCUGCUUGUUCUCCGUUUUUCUUUAGUAGUCGUAUACUGGCAUUCUUUGUUUUUCUUUUUUCCAUUUUAAUUUAUCAAUUUUAUUCUGCCAGUAUAGUCUCAUAUCUUCUACUUGAUCCUCCCAGAACCAUAUUUAAUCUGAAAGAUUUAACUGAAAGCCAAUUGAAAAUCGGAGUUGAAGAUAUUUUAAUAGAUAGAAACUAUUUUGUGCAAACUACCGAUCCCGAUGCGAUUGAACUAUUUGAAGUUAAAAUAAAGAACAGCAAUAACAAUUCGGGCUUUUAUUCACCGACAGAAGGUUUGGAAUUGGUAAGACAAGGAGGAUUUGCGUUUCAUGUAGAAACCAGCACGGCCUAUCCAAUUAUUGAGGAAACGUUUUCCAAUCAAGAGAUUUGCGAGUUAGAGCAAGUACAAAUGUAUAGAACCCAGCCUAUGCAUACAAACUUACAAAAGAAUUCUCCUUUCAGAGAAAUGAUGAAUUACUGCAUGUUUAAGCAAUUAGAGACUGGCAAUAUAGACAGAUUAAGAAAGCAUUGGGACGCCAGACAGCCAACUUGCAUCGAAGGAGCUAAAAAGCAAGAAUUUAACGUGAGCUUUAAAGAAUUUUCUUGUGGACCAGUGGCACUUGGUUUGGGGGUAUUGUUAGGGGUAAUCUGUCUAUCGAUUGAGUACUUAAUUCAUAAUAAACACAAAAUAUUACAGUCACUGAAGAGAGCAUGGCACUUUAAAUAUAAAAAAACUACUUACCCAUUUGUAAAUUGAUAAAAAAAAUAUUUUUAUUAGUAAAGAAAUUAUUUUCACUACAAAAAAUUUGUAAUAGCCAAAUAUUGUAGCAC